CAUUUCUCUAGCCACCACAUAUCCAGCCAGGGUCCUUUCAUAAUAACAACAUGGCUGCCUUAUGUAGAGGCAGGCACCGGUGGAAAAGGACUAACUGUUUGUAUGUUUUGGCAAGAAACCUGACAGGGAAGUUUGACUAUGACCUGGUGGUUAUUGGUGGUGGCUCAGGAGGGCUUGCCUGCUCCAAAGAAGCGGCACAGUUGGGACAAAAAGUUGCUGUUUUAGAUUAUGUGGAACCAUCUGUAAGAGGUACCAAGUGGGGUCUUGGUGGUACAUGUGUUAAUGUUGGCUGCAUUCCUAAGAAGCUCAUGCACCAGACUGCUCUGCUUGGCACUGCAGUCAAAGAUGCAAAGAAGUAUGGUUGGCAGAUCCCUGGGCCAGUCUGCCAUGACUGGGCCACCAUGGCAGAGGCCGUUCAGAACCACGUCAGGUCUCUGAACUGGGGUCACAGAGUUCAGCUCCAGGACAAGAGGGUGAAGUAUCUGAACAUUAAAGGAAGUCUGGUGAAUGAACACACUGUUAAAGGACUAACCAAAGCAGGAAAAGAGACGAUCCUCACUGCCAAGAACAUUGUGAUCGCCACAGGUGGACGGCCUAAGUACCCUGCCAAUAUCCCUGGAGCGAUGGAGCAUGGCAUCACCAGUGAUGACAUCUUUUGGCUGAAAAAAUCACCCGGAAAAACACUUGUGGUUGGAGCCAGCUAUGUGGCUCUGGAGUGUGCAGGGUUCCUCACAGGCAUUGGAUUGGACACCACGGUGAUGGUUCGCAGCAUCGCCCUCCGGGGGUUUGAUCAGCAAAUGGCAGGUCUAGUGACAGACUACAUGGAGGCUUAUGGGACCAAGUUUGCAUGGAAGUGUGUCCCACAGAGAGUGGACAAACUCUCGUCAGGAGCCUUGCAGGUGACCUGGACUGACACCAAGACAGGCAGUGAGCACAAGGACACCUAUGACUCUGUCUUAUGGGCAGUCGGUAGAGCCCCCGAAACCAAAGCCCUGGGCCUCGACAAACUUGGUCUGCAACUCAACAAGGAGACUGGGAAAGUAGUUUUGGGUGCAGACGAAUCCACCUCAGUGCCAAACAUCUAUGCUUUCGGUGACAUUGGUGAGGGUCGUCCUGAAUUGACGCCAACAGCCAUUAAAGCAGGAAAACUUCUCGCCCGCAGACUGGCUGGUCAGAGCACUGAGCUCAUGAACUACGACAAUGUGCCCACCACAGUAUUCACCCCUCUCGAGUACGGCUGCGUAGGCCUGUCUGAGGAAGAGGCUGAAAAGAGGCAUGGAAAAGACAGCAUAGAGGUCUACCAUGCUUUCUACAAGCCUCUGGAAUUCACUGUUGCUGAGCGCGAUGCCAGCCAGUGUUACAUAAAGGUGGUCUGUGAGCGGGGUGGAGAUCAGAGAAUCUUGGGUCUGCACUUCACUGGUCCGAAUGCUGGAGAGGUCACACAGGGCUUUGCUCUGGGCUUCCAGUGUGGAGCAACAUAUUCCCACCUGUUGCAGACGGUAGGCAUCCAUCCGACCUGUGCCGAGGAGGUGGUCAAAGUCAACAUCACGAAGCGCUCUGGCUUAGACGCAACAGUCACCGGCUGCUGAGGUUAAGCACCUCGGUCUCUGAACACUGAGCACACAGGGCCCCUCAGUGACAGUAGAAAGAAGUUAGCCUGGGUUUAUUCUGCUCUCUCUCCUUGUCGCCCUCCCUCUUUGAUAUAUCACCAAAAUGGCCGCUACUUUCACAGAGCUUUCUCAGAUUUUUGAUACACCUCCUGUGCAGUAGGGUCUCGUUUUAGGCCAGUCAUGGAAAUAAUCAUUUGCUGCCCAAGUUAGUGUCACUGACAUGUCAUAUGAUAACCAAGACUACGAUUAUCUCAUAUACAUACAUGUUGUGUGUAUGCUUUAAAAAGCACAUGGCUAUAGAUCAGGUUAGUGAGAGUCCCAGCCGCAGACUGAGCUUCUUUUAAAUAAACAGGCUCAUCAAUCAGGAUUAAGGCCUGUGCUCAGGGUUUUGUUGAAACCGUACACAGAAACGUGGACCGAGCCCUAACGUUUUUCUGAAUAUAUAUUCUGCAAAUAUUGUUGUUUCUCUGGCUGUACUUCCUGUCCAUUAGUCUUGGAGGUGACACAUACCAUACACCUCCUCCCCCCCAACCCCCCGUGACACUGAUGGAUGGCCCCAGAGCCGUCGCCGCAGCGACACCACCCCAUUUCCCAUGGACACACACAAACAGUCAGCAGGCUGCCUGUCAGUCAGCCAGCAAAGACCUGGGCCAGGGUGCUUGUUUAAGGCCCAGCAGAGUCCAGCAGACCCCAGACCCUUUUCUCUUCCUCCCAUGCCCUUCUCCAUCCCAAUUCACGAGGGAAUGCAGUCGGACUACAAACAUGUUCUGUCAAAAGCGGUGUGGAUGCCACAGCCCAGGCACACAGCAACCAUACCUAUUGAUAGCAGUGCUGCGAGCUCUAUUACAGCUGUACUACUCAGCCUUACCCAAAGGUGGCACUAUUGUCCUCCAGUUCUCCCCUUUUUUCAGAGCCAGGGGUGGAAGGCAGGAUAAAGUAGUCACUGGAUAAAACAUAAGCCUGAAUACAUUCAGGUUGCACAUUUAAUCCCUUUAAUCCCUAUAAAAGAUAUGUGUUUUUGGAUGAAGCUGGAAAGCAAACUGGCUUUAUUGGUGCCAAACUGAUAAGGGUUAUCUGUUGUGUAUUUAUAUGGAUGGCAGGUUAGGCCUCAAGAGUCAUCACUAUCAGAGAUAAGGCACAUUGUUUAUAUCAAUAAAACAGUAAUAGACCCCCACAGUUUGCCAAAGUGCCUGUACUGGACAUCUUGGGUUUAUUAAGUAGAGAAGGAGGAGGACUGUCAAUAAAGAUGGUUGACGCAGAAAUCGGGGAGACCGCGAGGAGGUUGGUGGUUGUAGUUUAUUUUUAUUUGAAGUCUAAUCUGCCCAGUCUGAUUAAUGAUUUCGAUGAGGGGAGUGACAGCGUGCCAGGAGAUGGAGAGAGGGAAAAGAGAGAGAGAGCUACCAGGUUUGUUUGGACCUGGGCUGGAGGAGAGAGCUGAGUUUCAGCCCUGGUUGGGGAGGGAAGGGGGAUUCCUGUGUGCUCUAUUCAGGGCUGAGGUGCUGACUGAGGGACCCUGACCUCCGCUCAGCAGGAACAGCUUGACUCUAUCACUCGGAGCACAGAGGGCUCACAUGCCGCGGUGCUGCGCAGCAGGGGCCUGGGAGGGGGGCUUGGGUUGGGGUGGGGGUAAAGGAACGGACAGAACCAACCUACCAGCCAACCAACACAACACCGAGCGGUAGCGGCGUGUUUGUCCAGGGUAAUUGAGUCUAUGUUCCUGAGCUUAACGAGCCACUUCAGAGACCCCAGGGUGGGCCCAAGGCAACGUAAGGGAAGUCAUUGAGGCCGUCAGUGGAACUGUAAUGUCUGUUUGCUUUUUACCCUCCAUUUCCCUCCUGCUUUGUCUCAUCUGCUGCUGUACGGCUGCUCACGCACAAAAUGAAAUAGUAUUUAAUUUUCUUUUGACAUAUCUGUCUAAUUUCAAUGAUUUCUUUUAACUGUUGCUGAUCAGUUACUCCACGCACAAGACUUACACACCGGUUACAGCCUCACCUGUGUCCUGGGGGGUCAGGGUUCAGUUUCCAGGUCAGCCAGCUAAUGAUGACCUGCACUAAAACCCAAAACUGGGGAGUGCAGGCCUGAUGUCACCUGGCUGCCAGCUUUAGUAGUUGUAAAUAGAGAAGUGUAAUUUUCCAGUAAAGCUAUGUAAUACAUAAUUUAUAUGUAAAGUAAUAAAACACUGGAAUGCAUAGUGUCACCAUUAAAGUAAUGACGACCACUGAU